AAGAAGCAGCAAAUCCGUGGAAGCGUAUGUUUUAGCUGACGUGGUUUUUGAAAGUAGCGUUGGAUUGUACCGAAAGAAAAUUAAACAGCUCAGAUCAAAUUACUAGUAAUAUUCCAUUAUUCUGUUUCAUAUUUACAGAAUUACCCCUGAAAAUCCCUAACGUGCCGAUUUCCCCUCUUCCGUUCCUCUUGUUUGCUCAGCCGCUCUCUCGCAUCGCAACACGUACAAACCGCGAGGUGCUCAAUUCUUGCAUUAGAGUGCGACCUUACGUAGCUUAGAGUUAUUAGGGUUUCAAGUAGAGGUGUAGACAGGGAACAAUGGCGGCCAACUCAAUCAUGGUGCGUCCGUAUGUGUUAUCAGCCUCCUGCGCCUUUACUCGAGCUCUGCCAUCCUUACUUUCUCAACCAAGGAAAACACUGUUGGUAUUUAAGAGCCGGGGCAUCAGAUUGUUGCACCAUAGAGCAAUUGGCAAUGAAAACAGGAGCCUUAUGAGAUUGGAAUACGGUGGUGUGAGGAGAUUCAGUCCUCGAGCUUCAAGCGUCGGAAAUGCUGGCUCCAUUGACUCCCCACUAAUAGAAUCCAUGAAGAAAAAGAUCAAGGAGGAGCUAAAUGCGGAAUCCGUUAGUGUAGAAGAUAUGAACGGGGAUGGCCGGCAUGUGGUCAUUGAUGUCGUCUCCUCGUCAUUUGAGGGACAGUCGGCUGUAAAUAGGCAGAGGAUGGUGUACAAAGCCAUAUGGGAGGAGCUUCAGAACACAGUUCAUGCAGUUGAUCAGAUGACUACCAAAACCCCGGAUGAAGUUUCUGGUAAGAAGUGAUGAUAGCGUUUACUAGCGGAAUUUAAUUGUUGCAUUUGUUAGCAAGUGGUGGAUUGCCUUGGUGGAUAAGUGGCUAUUGCAAAACAAUUGUUGGAUUUGUUACAACAAUCAAAUUAGGCUACAAAGCCAAAUAUUAUUGUCAACUGUUGUUAUUAUUCUUCGGACAUUAGCGAUACUAUAAGAGGGAGAAUCGGCCACAGGAGCUCGAGUACCCUAUUCUAAA